AUGCGCGCCUAUCCUGCCGGCCUCCUGCUGCUCGCCUUUGCCCUCAUCACCGCAGAACAGAUGAUGAAGGCAGCGCAUGGCGACGACACGGUGAAACGCAUGACACACCGCAUGACACACCGCAUGACACACCGCAUGACACACCGCAUGACACACCGCAUGACACACCGCAGCAUGAUGCUGAAAGGCGCGAAUGGAGCUGGCAGCAUCAGUGGGGUGUCGGAUCUGCCCGUCACCACAACGGUGGUGUUGGGACCUGCGCAGCUGAGAUUCAGCAAGCAGCGCUGCGUGAGCGUCCCCAAGAAGGACGCGAAGCAGAGGAACGUGCAGGUGUGGUGGAACGGCCCUAAGGGGUCGCCUUGCCGCCCGAACCCUAGUGUUGGAAUAUACUCGCCCUGUGGCGCCUGCCCCACUGGAGCCACCUGCAAGACGGUGCCUGCGCAGGACAACAAUGCGGUGCAGCUGCCUUACUGCUCGUGCCCUGAAGGCUUUGGGAUAACCGCGACCGAAUGUGUUGAGGGUGGAGCGUCUACCGUCUCGUCUAUCAGCCACACACUCAUCGCAAAUCGAACCGCCAAGGACAACACAUCCCGGCCAUACACCUAUCGCCUCAACCUGAAUGCUUGCACUCCUUUCCCAGCUGAAGUGGCUGACACCUACAAGGCAGUAUACGCUGUUGAGAACAUUGGCGAUGCUCCGAACUGCCCCAAUCUCACGUUCUACGUGGACAACAGCUGUGCAGGCGCAUCCUUUUCUGGACCCACCGCGUCAACCACUACACCAUUUGACGGAUAUUACGAACUGAACAUCGAGUCGGAUAUUCGCUUCCGCUCUAUUUCGUGCACUCAGUAG